AUGCUCUUCAAGAGCGCGAUCAAGAGCGCCUUCGCGGCGCACGCGCCGCUUACGCGCACGAACUUGGCGGUCGGCGACAGCAUCCCGGCCGGCACGACGCUCGUCAAGGAGUUCCCGAACGAGUUGGUGGACGUGCCCGCGCGCCUCGCCGGCAAGAAGACCAUUGUGGUCGGCUUGCCCGGGGCGUUCACGCCGACCUGAUCCGGGCUCCAGGUCCCCGGCUACUACUCGAAAGAAGAAGAGUUGAAAGCAAAGGGGAUCGAUGAGGUGCUGGUCUACUGCGUGAACGACAUGGCCGUGAUGCAGGCCUGGUUCGACGACAUGAUGAUCAAGCCCUCGUCCAUCGUGACGCCGCUCGCGGACCCGACGCGGGCCUUCACGGCGGCGCUGGACCUCGAGAUGGAGGGCACGCCGCCGCAGCUCGGCUACGUGCGGUCGAAGCGCUUUGCGGCUGUCUUCGACGACGGCAAGUGCACGAACUUGUUCGUGAGCGCGGCGCCGGGCGACCCGGCGGGCGACGACGACCCGUCGGCGUCGCUCGUCGAGAACGUGCUCAAGAGCCUCUAG